CUUGAUUUAACUUGUUUAUUUUUUUAAGUUAUUUUAUUAAUAAAUUCUUAGAUUUAAGAAAUAUAAACAUUAAUAAGUAAAGUCGAUUGAAACGAAUAGUUACAAAUAGAACCGGCGUCCCCAAAAAUACCACCAUCGAAAAAACUGAAAGAUUAAUGAAUCAUAAAUGAAAAAGUAGCAUACACAGAGACGAAAACUUGUUUCGUAAAUCCUCACGCGUCGACAAGAAUAAGGCCAUUCGUUCCGUUUUCGUCCCGAUUCCCGUUCCGUUUGCUUUGUAAAUUAAAUCUGGCACGGUUCCAAACCUCAAUGCUUUAUAAAUAGGCCCCAAUAUUCCACAUAUACAGUUAAACAUUAGUAACCACGAUGGAGGGCAGACCAAGAAGAAGUUUCCGAAGCUCGACGCGAAGCCGGGAGUCUUCAUCAACAAGCGAUGUUUCGGCUAGAGAAAAAAUUAAGGAUUGUUGUCGAAAAUUAGUGGCUUUUAUGUGUACCCAGGUCGGUGUGGGAGGACUAGUUGUUGGUUACACCGCUGUCGGUGCUUUCACAUUUCGUUACAUCGAAACAUUAACAGAUGAUGAGAGUUAUCUCCAAGUUGAAGAGGCGAGAAAUCGAACGGCUACGGAAUUAUUUCAAAUCGUUUGUAAAGUGAAUGUUUUUAAUCGAACAGUUUUCGAACAAGAAAUUAAUUCAACUUUGCGAAAAUUUCAAGAUAAAGUUGCUAAUGAAACGAAAUUACACGGUUAUAGUGGUAGAAAAAACAUUGAGAUUUGGACUUAUCCAGCGGCGUUAAUGUUCUGUUUAAGUGUUAUAACGAUGGUUGGGUAUGGAAACAUGGUAGCGAGGAGUGAUUUAGGAAAAUGCGUAACUGUUAUUUACGCAAUGUUUGGAAUCCCUUUGUACGUUUUAUAUUUUAUGAAUAUGGGUGAAGUUUUAGCGGGGUGUUUUCGGUGGUUAUACACGUGGUGUUAUGAGUGCACAACGGAAAGAGACGAAUCGGAACCCCCUCGGAGGGUUAUUGUACCCACAACAGCUUCGUUAUGGGUGAUUGGAGUUUAUGUUUUUACCGGGGCGAUUAUGUUCGCGGCUUGGGAGAAUUGGUCUUACUUGGAUAGUACUUAUUUUUGCGUUACAAGUUUGUGUAAAAUCGGUUUGGGAGAUUUCGUACCGGGCGCGAAUAUAUCUGAAUCGAAAGGUGGGAAUUAUUCGAAACUAGUCGUUAAUUUUAUUUACAUGUUAAUCGGUUUAGGAUUAGUCGCGAUGUGUUAUAAUUUAAUGCGCGAGGAGAUUCGGGUUAAAGUGUCGGAAUUUAAAGAGGACAUGGGACAAUGUUUGGAAGAUACUCGACAAAGGUUUUUGAAUUGUUGUAAAUGGUGUAGAAGAAAUAAAUAAGUUUUAUUUAAUAA